CCAUGGGGCAGGCGUAGGGGGCCGUCGGGGCGGCGGAUUCCGCCUUUUUUGUACCAUAGAUCCUCUCCCGAUCAGGAUCAAGACACGAUGAACUUGCUUCUCCGUCCAACCACACCGCAUCUCCUCCAACUCCUCCAUUUGGUUGAGAAGAGGAGGCCUUGGUAGCGUACAGCAUUCCCACCCGCGCGUCCAGAGCCACCGGCACCACCUCCUCCGCCACCUCUGCGAACAGCGGGCUGAACCGCAGCAGGUACGACUCCCGGCACGUCGUCCCCUCCGGGCACACCGCCAGACCCCCCUCCACCGCCAGCAGCCGCCGCAUCGUCACCGCGUCUCGUCCCCUUUCCCGGGUCAGCCGCACAGUCCGCAUCGGCGCCAACGCCUCCGACACCCGGAUCGUCUCCGCAUCGAUUUUUCGCUCUAUAAUUCUACUGCCAGAUCCUCUGUGAUCGGAUUCGGUUAAGGGUUUCGGUUUGUAGAUCGACUGGUUCUAUUGCCAGAUCGUUUUCAUUCAACACAGAGCAUGAAAACGAUCGGCUUAUUUGGGAUUUUCUUCAAAAUCUUGUUUGCUAAAAUGAUCUAGUUGGGAAAAAUAAAGAGUAUAGAAGAAAAUGGAAUUUUCUUUCUUUGUUCUCGAAUAGGGUUUCCGAUUUCCAUCACAUCCGACGGCAGCUAUUUUCCAUUUGGCAUUUCCGUCCAUCGCCGGCAGGCAGGAUCAUGGCCGUCCAAGCCCAGGCGGCCGCCGAAGCGGCGCUUCUCCGAUCGCUGAAUUGCAACAGCACAGUUCCGGUGGCGGAAUUGCUCGCCGCAGCUCGAUUUCUGCUCACGGACCUAGUCAAUAAGAUGCCUGAGGUCCAGCUUGGCCAGAAGAGUGAGUACUUAGAAGAAGAUGGAGACAGGGAUAGCGAUGGGGAUGGCAAGGGAGACAAAGAUGGAGAUUCGGAGGGAGGAGGAGAGGAGCACUCGGAGGAAGACAAUGUGGGCCGUGAAAACCCAAAUGAUGCGAACAGCAAUGAAGCUGCAGGAGGUGAUGAGGAUGAUGAUGGAGGCAAACCAGAUGGGGAAGAUGAGAAUGAAGGGGAAGAGCCUGAAGAUCAGGAUCCCAAUGACAACAAUGAACAAGAUGAUGACGAUGACGACGAUGAUGAUAGUGGUAAUGCUGAGGAUGAGGGGGAAGAGGAGGAAGAGGAUGAUGAAGAAGAGGUUGAAGACAUAAUUCAACCCCCAAAAAAGAGAAAGAAAUGAAUGAUCAAGUUUGACAUUUAGCUACUGUUAUUCACCUUGCUUUGUUCAGCUGUUUUAAGUCAUUAAUCUUGGAGAAUUAUCAUGUAAUGGACCAGAACAAACUUUGAUUUCUGAGAAUAUACAACCUCAUUUUGCUUUCUCA